UAGUAUUAGGCGGAGAUCACCAAUUGUGCGUUACUUUUGGGUCGAGGAUGGUUGCCGCGGGUGGACGUGCAGUUCAAAUUAUAAAUGUUGAAGAAUGUAUGAAGAAAACAUCAUUCAGUCUAGAUGAAGAGUCUUUGUCUUCAAUUCUUUUAAGACCAGAUGUGCGUGACAAAAAAGUUGUUGUAGUGUCUGUCGCUGGUGCGUUUCGUCAAGGAAAAUCGUUUUUACUGGAUUUUUUCUUACGCUAUUUGUUAUCCAAUGACCGUACUAACUGGUUAGGAGACCCGGAAAUACCUUUGAAGGGCUUCCCCUGGCGAGGUGGUUCAGAGAGAGACACUGUUGGAAUAUUGUUAUGGAGCGAACCAUUCUUUAUGACUCUACCAUCUGGAGAGGAAGUAGUCGUUCUGUUAAUGGAUACACAGGGUUCCUUUGAUAGCACUAGUACUGUGCGUCAGUGUGCUACAGUUUUCGCUUUGAGUACAAUGAUCAGUAGUACUCAAGUUUAUAACAUUCAUGGUAAUAUUCAAGAAGAUCACCUUCAGCAUUUGCAUUUAUUCACCGAAUAUGGUCGACUUGCCCUGGAAUCUGAUAUUUCUGGAACACCUUUCCAGCAUCUUUUAUUCCUUGUUCGCGAUUGGAGUUUCCCGUACGAGUAUGACUUCGGGAAUAGUGGUGGUACUCAACUGCUUGAUAAUCGCCUCAAGAUUGUUCAACAGCAUCACACAGAGCACCAAGCUGUCCGCCGUCAUAUUCGCUCUUGUUUUUCCAAGUUAGAUUGUUUCCUAAUGCCUCAUCCCGGUCUUAAAGUUUCAACAAAUCCAAACUUUGAUGGACGAGUAAAGGAUAUUGAUCCUAGUUUCGUUGAAAACCUUAUAGCAUUAGUUCCUCAUUUGUUAGCUCCAGUUAAUCUGGUUGUUAAAAGGAUAAAUGGUCAGGAAGUUACGUGUCGUGAACUUUUUACUUAUUUCAAAGCAUAUAUAAAAAUUUAUGAAAGUGAUACUCUCCCAGAACCACGUUCUAUGUUGGAAGCAACUGCCGAGGCUAACAACCUUAAUGCAAUAUUAACAUGUCAAGAGAUGUAUUCAGAGGCUAUGAACAAGGUAAAGAAUGUUUUUUCCUAAUCAUCAGUGUGGUAUAGUUGUGAUUUGUCACCUAGGCUAUUUUAUACAUGCCCGUAAUUCAGGUCAGCUGUAAAUUAUUUUUGUAAGAUAUUUUUUUUGUUAUAUUAUUCAUUAAAACUGGAUUUGAAUUGUUCCAUCAUUAAAUAGAUCACCUAGUGACUUGAAAAGGGACUUGUUUGAGUUCUGGAUUUAUGCAUAGUAGUGAGUAGUUUCCUCUACCUGUCAGGAGAAACAAUGUUUUUGUCGUUCCGUGACGUAUUCUUAUGCAAACAGCUUAGUGGUAUACUAGAGUGUAGUAGAGCAAUUGCGUUAGAUUAUAGUAAAAUGCCUAAAUUUAAGUAUUCUCUAUUCUCAGAAAACAAAUGUCCAAUGAUGUUAUAGAACAUCGAAAGACAUAUAUUAUCUACUUAAGGUUCCAUUCAGUAUACUACAAUUUAUUCCUUUUCCUUUAUCGUAGAUUUGUGGACCCGAUCGGCCGUACAUCAAUCCUACUGAUUUAGAUUUAGCUCAUUUAAAAAUAUAUAAGGCGGCUAUUGAAAAAUUUAACACAAUUCCCAAAAUGGGUGGUGAGGCAUUCUCUGCAGGUUAUUUGGAACGCUUAAAAGAAACAUUAAAACAACUGGGAGAAGAUUAUCGGAUGUCAAAUUCUAAAAAGGAUAUAUUCCAGGUAGGUUUGUGUAUAUCUGAUUUUCAAAGUAUUUUCAGUAGUCAGGUGACAGAUUUUAAUAGGUUCAAAACCUUUUUUCGUUUGACUUUUUAAACUUUGUGGGUAUAGAAUAAAUGCCUAAAUAAAGUGGUGGGCUUGCUAGUCAGGCAACUUGGCUUUGGAUCACUUAGUUCUAGGUUCAAAUUUUGCCUCAUUUACUUCUAUGUAUGCGAGUGGUUAGUGUUCUAACCCCGUUCCAAUCUCGAAGCUAAGCUCACAGGUCUUUCCUCGGCCACUGAGUCACAUUCAGUGUUUAAAUCCGGAAUUCCAUUUUAUGUUUCAGAAUAAUUCUUUUAAAUCUACUAUUAGAUAAAAUAUCAAAAAAUCGUCAAUCAGUAAAAUCGUGAUUAAUUUGCAUUCAGCUCACUCGUUAAUUGCUAAUCUGAUUCAUUGAAUAAUUCACAUAUUUUCUGUCUGGCCUGAUGUUAUAGUCUAGUUCACCAUAUUUAUAUAGAUCACAGAAUAGUACAUUAGUCCAAAAAAUUAGCCAAUACAUGAAAGUCAAAAAUUAAGAAAGGAAUUAAGUUAUUAAUCGACAAUGAGUUUACUGCAUUUUCUGAUUGAAACUCACUGGUACAUGGUAGAAGAGCGCUUAUCCAUUUUAACUGCUGUCUUGAUUCUGUAGUCUGCCAGUCAAAAACAUGACGUGGGACAAAUAUUUGCCAGCCCAAGUCUCCACACUAGAUAAACGAAAAUACAUAAUAAUUGAUUCGAAGUGACGGUAGUGUCUGUUGUUUUAAUUGCGCUAAAUUACCGUUUGUAAGUGACUGGCCUACAAAGUUUGGAGAAUAACAUGCUGCAAUGCAUGUUAAUUAAUUUAAGGCUGAAACGUUGCAUACUGUAAAUUCCUACCUUAGUCGCUACCUCGAUGUUGUGGUGUAGAUUGAGCAUCGUGAUAACCCCAUCCAGUUAUAUUGGCUGAAACACUCGUUCCUUUAGGUUUUACCGUCUCAGACAUAAGGUAGGAUACCUGCUGUUAAGCUUAUAGUUCGUAACUACUGUCUGUAUGUCCACUGGCUUUACCUUCGCACAAUUAUCCACCUUUUUCUAUCCCAUUUUCAGACAUUUCGUACUCCUGCUGUUUUGGCUGUUGUUCUACUAAUUUUCCAUAUUGUUACAGGAAUAUCAGAAUUUAUUGGUUUAUCAAUGGUUUCGGGUAUAUUGGCCCUACCAUUUUAUAUUGCUUUAAUCUCAUUGUUCACGUGGUUGUUUUUAAGUUACACUGGUCGAGCUCCAGAAUUAGCUAGUGCCAUCGAUCAGUCAGCUGAGUUGGUAAUAAAGAAGGUAUUCAACCCUGCGAUAAAAAUAGUCGGUAAUCGUGGAAUGGCUCAACUAGUUGGUGGUAAUCUUGUUUCUGAUCAAACAACAAGAACUUGAAAUGCAUCUGUGCUCGUGUUUGUUUGUGUCUAUAAAACUUUUAAACAAAUCUAUAGAUAUGAUUCAACUUACAACCUAUCAUUUUCAUUUUUCCCCUUUUUUCUGUAUUGUUUAUUCCAUAUUAUUAUCCAUAUCUUAUGGUUUUCACUGUGAUGAUUUAGUUUCGUGUAGUUGUCUUUUCUUUUUCUUGUUUGUUUAUUUGUUCAACAAACACAAGGUCACUUGUUCUUUUUUAACAAAACACAGUGAAUAACAUAAUAACGUUCUUCUCAGCUGUUGUUUUUUUCUCUACUGGUUCCAGUGUAUUAUAGAAACCUCAUAAUUAACCAAAUAAAAUAGUAGUUGUAAUGUAUUGUAACGAAUAGUCUUUUAAAAUUUCGGUUCAUACUUGGAUUUAUGUGACGAAAAUAAACAAAAGACCAAUAUCUAAGGCAUAUUAUUUAUUUACUCAUUGUAUUUGUAGAGUUAGGUCUGCGCUCAUAUCUUGAUCUUCAUCGUUCUUUGUUAUAUUUUACAAUUUGUAACAAUAGUAAACUUUGUUUCUUUUGUACUUUUUCAUAUAUUCAUAUAAGUUUGAAGUAGAAAAAAUCAUCAUUGUUUAAACUGAUUCAAUACAGGAUUUUUUAAAACAAACUGCCAUGUAUUUUGCUGUAGUGCAUGCAUGUAUAUCCCUUCUAUUAUACAAUAAAGUACUUCUAUAUACUA